AUGCCGGAGACCCUGCAGGUGGCCGGGGACAUCAUGUCCAUGCCGGUACCAGGAGUACCACCAAUGUUGGCCCCAUGCUCCAGAGGCAAGCCGCCACUGGGAUCUCCGCAGUCACCCCCGACUCGCUACCGGUCUCAGUCGAGACACCGUUCCCGACGACGUUCGCCGCUCAGCGACCGUUCCAGCUGCUUAGUACCAGACUUACAUCAUGGCCACUACUCCACAACCCAGCGGAUCCUCAAACUGAAUGAAACAGUGAUGUAUGAAUGUGAUGAGGGAUACCACACCAGAGGAGGAAACACUAUUGAAAAGGCAGUCUGUCGUACAUAUGGAUGGUCCCUUACUCCAAACUGCACUAAAGUAACAUGCUUCUUGUUAAGUGAGAUAGAACAUGGGAAUUUCUAUCCCAGGAAGAAAAGCUAUGAGGAAGGAGAUGUGGUUCAGUUUUUGUGUCAGAAAAAUUACUCUUUGAAUGGAUCUGAUUUAAUUCAGUGUUAUGACUUUGGAUGGUAUCCAGAGCCUCCAAUAUGUGAAGAUAGAAGAAAUAAAUGCCCUCCUCCACCUCAGCCUCCCAAUGCCAAUAUACUCACAGAUUUAAGAACAUAUCAUAAUGGAGCCAAAGUACAUUUGGCAUGUCAGCUUAAUUUUACAAUGAGAGGAUCAGAAGAAAUCCAGUGUGAGAAUGGAAAAUGGACUUCACCCCCAAGUUGCAUUGUUUUAGAAGCCAAAGAAAAAAUACCAUGUGAUCAGCCACCUCCUAUUGAGAAGGGUACAGCAAUAACUGAGGACAAGAUGUAUUACACAGGAGACACUAUUAGAUACAGUUGUGAUCAUGGCUACAGGAUAAAUGGAUCAAAUGAAAUAACCUGUAAAAUGGGAAAAUGGACAUCACCUCCUAAAUGUAUUGAAACACGGGAAACCUGCCCCUCUCCACCUGCAAUUAAAAAUGGUGCUAGUUUUGGACCAUUAUUGACAAACUACACAACAGGUUCCUCAGUAAAAUACAGAUGCCAUCGGUACCACAUAUUGGAGGGUCCUGAAACUGUUCAUUGUGUACAAGGAAAGUGGACAGCUCAGCCAACUUGUUUAGAACCAUGCACUCUUAAUGUGGAUGAUGUGAGCAAUAACAACAUAGAGAUGAAAUGGAGACUGGAAGGAGAGUUAUUUUUCCUGCAUGGUGAAACGAUAGAUUUUGUAUGUAAACAGGGAUACUAUUUGUCAUCCUCCAGCAGGCAGUCUCAGCUAACAGUACAGUGUACCCAUGGAAAAAUCAUAUAUCCAACAUGCAUUAUGAAAGAUCCCAAAGAAAAAUGUGGCUCCCCCCCUAUUAUUAAGAAUGGAGAUGUUAUUGACCCACGGCUGACAGAAUAUGAGAGUGAUUCUUCAGUUGAAUAUACUUGUUUUGAUCAUCAUUUUUUGCAAGGGUCCAAUAGAGUCUAUUGUUCCAACGGACAAUGGACUACCCCACCAGAUUGCAUAGAACCAUGCACUUUAUCGAAGGACGUAAUGGACAAAAAUAACUUAAUACUGAGAUGGAGUUUUGAUGACAAAUCUUAUUUUUUCCAUGGGGAAUACAUUGAAUUUCUAUGUAAAGAGAAUCAUUAUGGAGCACCAUCAACCUCAGUGUUUGAUUUUAGAAUACAGUGUAGCAGAGGACAGCUGACAUAUCCGAGAUGUGUUGAGAGAGGAAGGUAAGAUGUCAACAGCACUGAUGCUUCAAGGGCUGUGAAAGAAGCCACAUUUUAUUUAGAAACCCGAUAAAACGUUACUAAACUAUUUUUAAAGACAAAGUGUUUGACCUUGUAGCCCACUUAAAACUUAAACAUGUAUUUACACUGGAUAUUUUCUUGGUUUAUGAACCUUAAAUAAAAAAGUCAUGCAAAAAG